GAUAGGUAGGUACCUAGGUAGGUAUAGUUGUAUUACAUCAUAAUGCAGCUUACCCAAUCAUUCCAUUUAACUGUUGUCAGACGACUGUUAGGUAGUGAUGUUGGUACCUAAAUAGUGCCCUCAUAUUCAUCAGUGAAGUGGAUAUUGAAGAGCACAAUGGUGCUCCUACUUGUAUGGGAUAGGUGGCAUUGAGGAACUUUCCCCUUACACUAUUCAACUAUAAAUCAAAGGACAUCCUCGAACUGGAAACACCCGAAAAGAUAUAUUGUCGUGGUUAUAAAUUACUAUUUCUCUUCAAAGGUGGUUACUGAACGUGUUUCCAUCCGGGUUAGCUACCUACCUACCUGUAUUUAAUUACUAUCUACCUUAUGACAUUUCAACGACAAACAUGGCUUCUCCUCCCUCCAGCCCCCCACUUUCGCCCAAGCCACCAUCACACUCUGAUGAUGACAAUGCGUCUCCUGCCGGUGCGCAGCCUCGUCCUCGAAGCGUAGACGGCGAGGGUUUCCGGGAAUCACCACAACAAGAAUCACCACAUCUAGUAGGGCAACGACAUCAUCAUCAUCAUCAUCAUCAUCAUCAUCAUCAUCAUCAUCAUCAUCAUCAUCAUAGCCAUGCAUUGAUUAUGCCGAUGCCUGUACCAGGGCUGUCUUCGUUAGAAAUGGCAAGAUUCGUACAUCCAGUAUUCGGAUCACCGAAAAACUUUGAAAUGUUGCCAAAGGAUAGGGCCCCCGAUUACUCUAGUGGGCUCGACUCGAGUUUGGACUCAAGUGAUGAUGAUUUCAUUCAAGAAGGGCACCCCCUUCAUCGGACCAUCCCAAAAAUAGAGAGAAUUGCGCUCCAUGAAUUUGCUGCGUGGAGAAGUUGCGCAGGAGGAGGCAAAGCCGGUGGAAGACCAUCGGUAGGCUUUACCGGAAUACCGAAUACUUCCAAAUCUAGCAAACGACGCAAGACAGGAGACGAAGAAGGAUCUAGUGAACCGGACGAGGAUCGGGCCCCAUCAGGCAAGGGGAAAGGGGCACUUGACAAAGGCCAAAAUACGGCAACGCGAUUAUCUCUUGCGUGUCCGUAUUAUAAACACGACAGAGUCCGACAUUGCGACUGUCUCCUCAAAGAACUGACGAAAAUUAGUUACGUUAAACAACACCUCCGACGAAAACACAUCCAGCCACUUUACUGCCCCUCAUGCGGUGAAGUGUUUCAAUCUCAGCCGGAUGAGCGAUCCCAUAUACGAGAACGACGGUGCAGCACGCGAGAUUUCCAAGAGCCGGAGGGUUUAUCUCACGAUCAGCUCUCCGAGUUAUCAAACAAAGUGGAUAAGAAACUCAGCGUUGAACAGCAAUGGUACAGUAUGUGGGACAUCGUAUUCCCAGGAGUGGAAGAACGACCAUUAUCUCCCUACGUUCAAGGACCGAUCCACGAGACGCUGGCGAGUCUUCGAGAGUUUCUACACGAGAGGGGGCCUGCUAUUAUACCAGAACAUUUGCAAGCUAAUGGGGAAAUCUCUUAUGAUACCCCACGGGAGGAACGCGACCUAGAUGCGAUGCUUCAGACAAUCGAAUUUAGAUUGUUGAAUCGUUUCAUAAACGAUUUCACGGAGAGCUAUUCCAAUAAAUCGGACACAGGCCAGGGGGAAACAUCCUCAAGUUCCGAAAGAGCAGGCGCAGAGGUAUACCAACUUCCCAGCCAGCAGGUGGUGCCAGCAUCAUCACAACUGGAGCAAACUGGGCUAUCUAGCACAUCGAUAGAACAUGCUACUAUCGAUCCUGCUACUAUCGACCCUGCUACUAUCGAUCCUGCCAUGUUUUCAUCAUUCGUUGGCCCAGGCCAAACAUCGCAGACAGACGUGAAUUGGAAUUUAGCCACGACAUGCGAACUUCCUUGGGAUGAAAACGCCGGCAAUUUUUAAUUUUCUUAUGGAACAUGGGUGGAAAUACAAGUAUAGGACCAGGAGGUCAUUUUUAUAGUUAUAAUACAGUUUUAGGAUCUCAAGAGACCAUUGAGUGAUCGUUCGACGACGACACCGCCAGCACCAGCUGCAGCAAUAGCCCACAGCCACUUGUUGCUCACUUCUGCCAAACCGGGCCAAAAGCUGUUCUUGGAUUGCUUGUACUGCUGGAGUUCUUGGUACUUCAC